AUGGAGUUGUCAAAUUUUGUUAUUUUUCUUUUCUUUAUUUUAAAUUUAUUUGAUUUAACAUUUUGCGUGGAACCUAAAACUAAUGGAGGUUCAUCAAAUACUCGACCAAAUUCUCUAACAAUUUUUCAAGAAAAGGAAGUGGAUGUUCCUCCUGGUUUUGCUCCACGUCCUAGAAUCUCUCCUCCACAAAAUAAUCAAAGUCAUGUAACGACUAGAGAAUACAGUGAUCGACUUCAACAAUUUAUUCGACCCGUUAUCUUAACUCCUAGACAAAAUUUUCAAUCCAGCGAUAAGAAUAUCCGAACGCUUUACGAUGGUAAAUUAAAAUAUUUUGGACCGCAUUACAUAAUUUCCUCAUUCCACCUCAUUCCUUAA